CGAGCUCACUUCACACUGAGAGCCUCACUGAGAGCAGCUGUUCAGCUCGUCACCUUCAUCUCUAAUCAAUUCAUCUUCACCUCCAUCCUCAUCCUCCUCACCCGCCCUCCUCAUGGCUGCCGCCUCCAGGUCCUCCCAGACGGCGAAGAACGUGGUGAUCGCCCUGCUGACGCUCUGGUCCAUCAUCUCGCUCAUCAUCAUCGUGGUGUGGGCGACGUCUCCGGACCUGAAGAGCUCUGCUAAAUGCCGCGCCGAGCUGCAGGAGGUGACGGAGAAGAUGGAGGGGGCCAAGGUGGUGUGGAACAAGAACAAGGUGGCCCUGGAGGAGAUGGUGGAGGCGGGGAGGGAGGUGCAAGACCGCCAGGGAGCCCAGAUCCUGCUGCUGCUGGAUCGCCUCAACGCCACCAACGCCACACUGGAGAAGUGCCGGCAGAAAAACGUCGUCCUGAACGGGAACAUCAGCGUCCUGCAGGAGACCGUCGAGCAGCUCCGUCUGACGGAGGCCAACCUCACCAUACAGCUCAGCCAGCAGGAAGAUCUCAUCGAGACCCUCCAGCAGAACAUGACCCAGAUCGUCCAUGAGACCGAGUCCUGCAUCAGUCUGAAGGCCGCUGCUGAGAGUCAGAUGUUGGCUGCUCAGAGUCAGACCAAAGGCUGUGAGUCCAGGAAGCAGUACCUGCAGAAACAGCUUCAGAAGUGUAAAGAUGUGGACGCUGAAGCUCCUCAGCAGAUGCAGCCGAAGGAAGACUCCGACGACGACCUCCCCUCCGUCGCCUCGCCCCUCUCUGGUAUUCCUGCGCUGACGCUGCUCGUCUGCGGCGCUCUGCAUCUGAUGACCUGAGGUCAGCGUGGCGGCGACCUGUCGAGCGACAGCGAGCACUGUGGUCCAGGUCGGGAGGGGGGCGGAGCCUGGGCAGAUUCAAAAUGACUGCUGUACAAACUUCCUGUCUAGGCAACAGAUCGCCAUGGAGAUGCUGACGUGUCACGCUGUCAUAGGAUGAAUGAUUGGACACUUUGCUUCAACAGCUGAGACGUUUACUGACUCUGCGGCUUCACCACUGUUUUCUGUUUUUAGCGCGCUUCAUGAAGCUGUUUUUAACUUUCCUCUGCUGCUUCGUCACAUUUCAGCCCCUCGAACGUUCUUUGUUCAUCCAUCAGUUUCUGGAUCGACUCGCUUCCUGUCAGCCUUCAGUCUGUUCUCAUGAAAAUCAACUCGCAGAGACGAAACUUGCUGAUGCGGCUUCGCAGUUUAGAAAUCGCUUUCUUGAUGCUGCGUUCAGGGACACACGGGAGAAUGUGAGUGUGUUUAUUUCAGAGCUGUAUUAUUGAUUAAUCUUGUGCUUAUUUCCUCCGUUCGCAUGAAAAACAGUGAAAAUUCUCGUUCUACUUCCUCACAGUCCGGCAGAGGUCCAGUCGUGUUUGACAAACAGAUAUUUAGCGUUGUAUUCAAAGAAAUUCUUACUCUUCAUCUUCUGGUUGCUCGUGCUGGAAGACGCUUUUAUAGAAACAUUCGUGGAAGUGAUGUGUUGCACGACGGGUACCUGAUUUUACUGGGUGUGAAAAUUAAGCACCCAGCGUGUAAUAGAAGCUCAGCGCCUCGUCUCGCCAACCCGUUUCCCUCCCCAAACUCCUCACACAGCGGAGCCAUCGGCGUCAGUUUGUGACGCACUGGGGAUCCCUGUAGCGUCAUCGUUCAGCGCGGUGGGGGAAACCCUGUAGCGUCAGUUUGUGACGCACUGGGGAUCCCUGUAGCGUCAUCGUUCAGCGCGGUGGGGGAAACCCUGUAGCGUCAGUUUGUGACGGUGAAGGCAGGUUUAUUAACAGAAAGGACUUUGAACCAGGAGACCGGGGUUCGUGUCCCGUGUGAAACAAAAGAUUUUUAUGUAAGUUAUGUAAAUUGUGGGCGUUCCGCAAGUUUUAAACAGCUGCAUGUUGAACUCACUCGCGAGGACAAAACUAAAAAUUGCUGCACAUUUUCCACUUCGAGUUAACUUGACUUUGCCCCGUUGACCAAUAAUAAGCUGCCGCGACAGAGAUGAGCUCUCGAACUAAACUCGUAAACUAACUGAACUCACUUGAAAGUUGUUAGAAUUUUUAGUUAGAGACUCUUUCAAUGAUUUCUAGAUGAUAGAUUUAAAUGUUUUCUGCCUAUAAAGUAUACAGUUGUAUUUUAUUUGACGUCUAAACCCUGUGGCGGUGGCGGCGGCGGCCAAAACUGUCUUCUGACAUUUCGAGCAUUCGCUCGCUCUCUUCUGUCUUUUCGGUCCCGCCGUGUUUAACUGAGGUAAAAGUUCUCAUUACUGAAGGUCAGGUUUUUGUUCCUCUGACGUGCAAAAAGCUCAAGUUUAUUUUGAAAAACGUAGUUUGUCCAGCGCCGCUCUGAGCUGCUGUUAGCGCUCCCUGUGACGUCACAGCAGAGACGUGUUUCAUCACAUCAGGAAACUGACCGCCGAGGCCUCGUCGCGUCGCCGCGCUCGUGUCGCUGUUUUAAAGAAGUGAUCAGGAUUUAUUGAACAAAAUAAGGAGAGCGGGAAGAGCAGCUGUGUGACGGGGUCGAGUCUGUAACGACCAAUCAUUACUCAUCGUCGUUGAAUAAGCGCUGCACGUGUUGCUCUGCAGGCCGACGCCCUUUUUUGUUCCCGCACCUGUCAGCCGGUUCUCGCCGCAGCAGACGUGACGAGACGCUGAAUGAAGUCGGUCUUUAAACUGAUGGAUGACUCAGAAAGCGAUCAGCAGGGAUCGAACCUGAAGCUCGACGCCACUUCCUUCAGCUCAGAGGCCCCGUUUACAUCCCAGCAUGCACUGGGCUCAGCAGCAGACUUGCUGACACAGAGAUGAUCCAGAGCCUGUCGGUGUGAACGGGGUCAAAGUGUGAAUGAGUUUCUUCUGUUUCUGUUUUAUUGUAUUUUUAUUACUUGAUGUUCGGCUUGAAGCUCCGUCGCUGCCGAGCGGGGGGCCAAUAAACCUGAGGAGUUUCUACGA